GCCGAUGACCUCGAGGUCCUGAGUCGGGCUCGGAGGCCGCGGACGCCGCGGAGACCGGCUCAGAACGGCUAUGUUUCGGAGAGUGCUGCAGCUUGGCUUGGGCCCAGGCCGCUUAACCCGGGGACUGGGCACGCGUAGAGGAAGUUUUACCCUGGACUGGGAAGCACAGGUGUUGGAGGUUAAGAAGAAGUUAAGGUCCAUCCUCCCCGGAGAGCCCUUGGAACUGCAUGACACCAGCCACUUGCCCCCAGAACACUCAGAUGUGGUGAUUGUGGGAGGUGGGAUCCUUGGUCUGUCUGUGGCCUUUUGGUUGAAGAAGCUGGAAAAGAAACGAGAUGCUAUUCGGGUGCUAGUGGUGGAACAAGACCACACGUAUUCAAAGGCCUCCACAGGGCUUUCUGUGGGUGGGAUUUGGCAGCAGUUCUCCUUACCUGAGAAUAUCCAGUUAUCCCUCUUUUCAAUCAACUUUCUACGGAACAUCAAUGUAUGUGCAGAGCACCUGGCUGUGGUGGAUGCUCCUCCAGUGGACCUUAAGUUCAACCCUGCAGGCUAUCUCGUGCUGGCUUCAGAAAAGGAUGCUGCAUCCUUAGAGAACAAGGUCAGAGUGCAGAGGCAGGAAGGGGCCAAGAUUUGUCUAAUGUCUGCUGAACAGCUACAGAACAAGUUUCCCUGGAUAAAUACAGAGGGAGUGGCUCUAGCAUCUUAUGGAAUGGAGGAUGAAGGUUGGUUUGACCCUUGGUCUCUGCUCCAUGGCCUUCGUCGAAAGGUUCAGUCAAUGGGAGUCCUUUUCUGCCAGGGAGAGGUGACACGUUUCAUCACUUCAUCUAGCCACAUGGAGACCUCAAGCAGGGAAGAAGUGAUCUUAAAAAGGAUCCAUGAAGUUCACGUGAAGAUGGACAAUAGCCUAGAGUACCAGCCAGUGGAGUGUGCCGUAGUAAUCAAUGCUGCAGGAGCCUGGUCUGGGCAAAUUGCAGAACUGGCUGGUAUUGGGAAUGGACCGCCUGGCACCCUGCAGGGCACCAAGCUACCUGUGGAGCCAAGGAAAAGGUAUGUGUACUUAUGGCACUGCCCUCAGGGACCAGGCCUGGAGGCACCAUUGGUUGCAGACACCAGUGGAGUCUACUUCCGCCGGGAAGGUUUGGGCAGCAACUACCUAGGUGGCUGUAGCCCCACUGAGGAGGAGGAACCAGACCCAGCAAACCUAGAAGUGGACCAUGAUUUCUUUCAGAAGAAGGUGUUGCCCCAUUUGGCCCAGAGGGUACCAGCUUUUGAGACUCUAAAGUGUCUUAUGCACCCACAGGUUCACAGUGCCUGGGCUGGCUAUUACGACUACAACACUUUUGAUCAGAAUGGUGUGGUGGGCCCCCACCCACUGGUUGUCAACAUGUACUUCGCUACGGGCUUCAGUGGUCAUGGGCUACAGCAUGCGCCUGGCAUCGGUCGAGCUGUGGCAGAGAUGGUGCUGCAGGGUGGGUUCGAGACCAUCAACAUGAGCCCCUUCCUCUUCAGCCGCUUUUAUUUGGGAGAGAAGUUACAGGACUACAAUAUCCUCUGAGUGUGGAACCUCUUCCCUGGGCCUCACAGACACACGUAUCACCGUUGCCUCACUCUGGCCCAUGGUCACGCUUUGGUCCUUCCAGAACUGUGCCUGGCCUGCAUUCCUCCCUCCAACUCCCUUGCCCUCCCAGCCAAGCCAUUCUGCUCCUAUGUGACUGGGCAGGACAUAAGCAUAGGCAAUGAGGCCAAGGCCAGUAGGAAGUGGUGGGAUUGGACCCCAGAAAUGACACCCCUAAGGUAGUCAGUAUAUUUGGCAUCCUGAGUAUGGGGCACAGGACUGGCUCCUGCCUGGUGCUGAAAAAGGGUCUCUGACCUUUUGGGCAGAUCCCAGGCACAGAGCAUUCUGGAUCAGUCUGGCCCAGAUUUAUUGACUUGUCUGUUAACCUCUUCAUCAAUCAAUACAUGUAUUGACUCUUC